AUGGCGGCUCUAUCCAGCUCCGUCGUGAUCUCGAAAAGCCCUUCGAUCUCACUAUCUUCAGGUUCUUUCUUCAAGUCUGCAGAUCAAUGCGUGGGGCCCACCAGCUUGGUGUUCAGUUCUCAGGGUAUCAAGAGAUCGUCUGCAAAAAAUAGGACACUUGUUGUCAAAGCAAGCUACAGUGAUGGCGGAAGGCCAAACACCGCAGGCAUCUUCGUCGGUGGCUUUGUUUUAGGGGGAAUAGUUGUGGGCGCACUUGGUUGUGUUUAUGCACCUCAGAUUAGCAAGGCGUUAACUGGAGCUGAUACAAAGGAGCUCAUGAGAAAACUGCCAAAGUUCAUCUAUGAUGAAGAAAAGGCUUUGGAGAAACAACGCAAGAAACUGUCUGAGAAGAUUGAACAGCUCAACUUAGCUAUCGAUAAUAUCUCCAAUCAGUUAAUGACAGGAGAAACUACAAACGGGUCGGCUGUGAUCUCGAGUGACGUUGAAGCAGUCAUAUAA